GGCCCCACAAACUUCAACAUAAACAAAACCUUUAUAGUUCUUCUUCACACAAACACUCUUCAGUUCAGAGUUUGAUUCCACAAAGCCAGAACAACAAUGGCAGAAACAAUCCCAUUCAAAAACCUCCACAGCAGAGAGUAUCAGGGCCACAAGAAGAAGGUACAUUCAGUAGCUUGGAAUUGCACUGGAACAAAGCUUGCUUCGGGUUCCGUUGAUCAAACAGCACGCGUGUGGCAUAUUGAGCCCCAUGGUCAUAGCAAGGUUAAAGAUCUUGAGCUAAAGGGGCAUACUGAUAGCGUGGAUCAAUUGUGUUGGGACCCUAAACAUGCUGAUUUGGUUGCCACUGCAUCAGGUGACAAAACUGUUCGACUAUGGGAUGUUCGCAGUGGUAAAUGUUCACAGCAAGCGGAACUUAGUGGCGAGAAUAUUAAUAUCACUUAUAAACCAGAUGGGACCCAUGUAGCUGUUGGGAACAGGGACGAUGAAAUUACAAUACUGGAUGUUAGAAAGUUCAAGGUCAUUCAUAAGCGCAAAUUCAAUUAUGAGGUAAAUGAGAUUGCAUGGAACAUGACCGGAGAUAUGUUCUUCUUGACUACGGGAAACGGUACCGUUGAAGUACUUGCUUAUCCGUCUCUUAAAGCAGUUGACACCUUGACAGCUCAUACUGCUGGUUGUUAUUGCAUUGCAAUUGACCCCUUGGGAAGAUAUUUUGCUGUUGGAAGUGCUGAUUCUUUAGUCAGCCUUUGGGAUAUUUCAGAAAUGUUGUGUGUGCGAACAUUCACAAAACUCGAAUGGCCAGUUAGGACCAUAAGCUUUAAUCACACGGGCGAAUAUAUUGCGUCUGCUAGUGAAGACUUGUUCAUCGACAUAUCAAAUGUACAAACGGGGCGGUCAGUUCACCAAAUCCCUUGUCGGGCAGCCAUGAACAGCGUGGAAUGGAAUCCAAAGUUCAAUUUGCUUGCAUAUGCUGGUGAUGACAAAAAUAAGUAUCAGGCUGAUGAAGGUGUUUUCCGGAUAUUUGGCUUUGACAGUGCAUAAUUUCAGUAUUACAACAUAUGCCGCUACUCGAGGUGUACUUUAUCUGUUAUUGAUGUUAUAACUGCUUUUAGUGUCAUCUUUUUCUCAAAUUUGUAAACUAAUGCUUUUGUUUAUUAUUUAUAAUGUUAAUUUCUAUUUCCAUCCUCACA